AUGGCGGACGAUCAUGCGGCGAAGGCAAUAUCGGCCUACGGAGCAGGCAUCAACCACACGCCCAACAUCGACCGACUCGCAACCGAGGGCAUGAAGUUCAACCAUUGCUACGUCACCAACAGCAUUUGCACCCCGUCUCGCGCCGCAAUCCUUACAGGUACACACAACCACGUGAACGGUGUUAUGACUCUGGACUCCAAAAUCAACAAGCACUUCCCCAACGUGGCCAAGCACCUCCGUACGGGCGGGUACCAGACCGCAAUGGUGGGAAAGUGGCACCUGGGCGAAGGCGCCGACCACGAACCAAGCGGGUUCGAUUACUGGAGCGUCCUGCCCGGGCAGGGCGACUACUGGGACCCAGAGUUCAUCGAGGCCGACGGCUCGCACGAUCUAACCGGCUACGCCACAGACAUCAUCACCGAGAAGACACUCGGGUACAUCAAGGCGCGAGACAAGUCGCGGCCGUUCUUUGUCAUGUGUCACCACAAGGCACCACACCGCAGUUGGGAGUGCCACGACAAGCACAAGCACUUGUACAAAGACAAGAUCAAGAUUCCGGAUACCUUCACGGAUGACUACAAGAACCGCGCGCGGGCGGCCAAGGUUGCCAAGAUGCGCGUUGCGGAGGACAUGACUUACUUCGACCUCGGGCUCGCGCAGCCGGACGGCGGAAUAAACAAGGGCGAAAGGGUCUUUUCUGCGCUAGGCUUUUCCCAGCGGAAGAUCCCCGCCCCCACCGGCGACGCCUUGAAGAAUUUCAAAUUGAUCGAUAUUGAAGACGGGACGGUCUUCCGAUUCAAGGACGAGGCGGAGCUAGCUGAGUUCAAGUACCAGAGAUACAUGCAGCGCUACUUGCGCACAAUCCAGUCUAUUGAUGACAGCGUGGGUGAGAUCCUCAACUACCUCAAGGAAGAGGGAGACGGGCUCGACGAGAAUACCAUUGUCAUCUACACGUCUGACCAAGGCUUCUUCCUCGGCGAGCAUGGCUGGUUCGACAAGCGGUUCAUGUAUGAAGAAUCGUUCCAGAUGCCCUUUCUGGUGCGGUACCCUGCCGAGAUAAGGGCCGGGACUGUAUGCGACGAUAUCGUCAGCAAUGUCGACUUUGCGCCGCUGUUUCUUGACUUCGCACAACUAAAAAUGCCGAGCUACAUGCAGGGUUUCUCGUUCCGCAGUCUCCUGCGUGGUGAAACGCCCGCCGAUUGGCAGCAGGUCGCAUACCAUCGAUAUUGGAUGAAUAACGACAGCAUCCAUGCGGCGAGGGCGCAUUAUGGUGUCAGAGACCAAAGAUAUAAGUUGAUCUACUGGUAUAAUCAGGACCUUGGGGUACCAGGCGCUCGGCCACCUAAUGAGGGCGAGGAGGAGAGGGAGUGGGAGUUGUUUGACUGCCGUGACGACCCUUUGGAGUUGUUCAAUGUAUACAAUGAGCCGCAGUAUGAGGAUGUGGUUAGACGGAUGACUUUGAUUCUUGAACGGAAGAUGGCGGAGAUCGGUGAUGAGCCGGUUCACGAGAGCAGGACUGUUGAGGAUUCAUUCCUUGCCAACUCGACACUGCACAUAGAUGUUCAAUGGCAAUGA